UUAUAAACAAGCCACUACCGCAUGGUUGAAAACAAUAAAGCGAACAGGCAUUAAAUCAGAAUAAAUAAAAACUUGAUAAGCGCGUGAAAAGAAGCAUAACAAUGUCUGAAAUCGUCGAGAAGAAGAAAAAACAAAAAAAGAAGGUGAAGGAAGAAAUUGAGAACUUGGGGGAGAUACAAAGAUCAGGAGAUUUCCAAAUUAAGCCAUCUGAAGCCAUAGCUAAAUUGGAAACAUCAGAUUGGCCAUUAUUGCUGAAAAAUUUUGAUCGAUUAAAUAUCAGAACCAACCAUUAUACGCCACUUCCAAACGGAGCAUCACCCUUAAGCCGUCAUAUUAAGGAAUAUGUCAAAAGUGGAUUUAUUAACCUUGACAAACCAUCUAAUCCUAGCUCACACGAAGUUGUUGCUUGGAUUAAAAGAAUCUUAAAAGUAGAGAAGACUGGUCACUCGGGAACUUUAGAUCCAAAAGUAACUGGAUGUUUGAUUGUGUGUAUUGACAGAGCUACUCGAUUAGUUAAGAGUCAACAAAGUGCAGGAAAAGAGUAUGUUGCUGUUUUUAAGCUACAUUCAGCAGUUGAAUCUAUCCAACGGGUCAAUCAGGGAUUAGAGAAACUUCGUGGUGCUCUAUUUCAAAGACCUCCAUUGAUUUCAGCUGUUAAGCGACAGCUUCGUGUCAGAACAGUUUAUGAUAGUUUAUUGCUAGACUACGACGAAAAUCGUAAUAUGGGUGUGUUUUGGGUAAGCUGUGAAGCUGGAUCUUAUAUCAGAACAAUGUGUGUUCAUUUGGGACUUGUUUUGGGUGUUGGUGGACAAAUGUUGGAACUCCGUCGUGUUCGAUCAGGUAUUCAAAGUGAAAAAGAUGGUAUGGUAUCCAUGCAUGAUGUGCUUGAUGCUCAAUAUGCUUAUGAAAAUCAUAAAGAUGAAUCGUUAUUGCGUCGCGUUAUUAAACCUUUGGAAGGCUUGCUUGUUUCCCACAAAAGAAUCAUUGUCAAGGAUAGUACAGUUAAUUCUAUAUGCUAUGGAGCUCAAAUCAUGUUGCCUGGUGUGUUGAGAUAUGAAGACGGCAUCGAAAUUAAUGAUGAAAUCGUCAUCGUUACCACCAAAGGUGAAGCAAUAGCUUUAGCCAUUGCAUUAAUGACAACAGCCACAAUGGCUAGUUGCGAUCAUGGAGUAUGUGCAAAAUUAAAGCGUGUCAUUAUGGAACGUGAUACAUAUCCAAGAAAAUGGGGUCUUGGACCAAAAGCAUCUAAGAAGAAGGAAUUAAUUGCUGCAGGUCUUUUAGAUAAAUAUGGUAAGCCAAAUGAAAACACUCCAAAAGAAUGGCUUACAGGAUAUGUAGACUAUAACAACAAGACACAACAAAAUGGAAAUACAGCUGCUGAGGAAAAUAACAAACGUAAAUUAAGCGUAGGACCAAAUGAUGUGUCUCUUGACAAUUCACAAGUAGUUGAAGUAAAAAAGAAGAAGAAAAAGCAAAAAUUAAAUCCAGACGAAUCAACAGAAGUUGCUCAGGAAGAACCAGUUGAAUUGCCUGCUGAAACACCGACGAGUGAAAAAAAGAAAAAGAAGAAAGACAAAAAGAAGGAAAAGGAAGAAGAUGAAUAAAUCAACAGAAUUAAAACAGAUUUCUAUUAUCUUUUCUGAAAUAUGCAUUUUUAAGAUAAAACAGAUUAAUUUUCU